UUGCCAGUUGUGAAGCUGGCGGUGCACGCUGAGGAGGUCAGCACUUCGACUGGCAUCUCUGAAGAAUGGGGCUCCGGCUGGCAGGGCGGAACCAACUUUCUGGUAGAGGUCGAAGAGACGGCUGCCAUGUCCCCAAAUGCCGCACGUGGCAGCAACAGCAGCAGCAACACAUCCGUGGACUACAACGCCGAGCUGGCCAACAGCCAGGAGACAGACCCCACGGGCACAGCGGCCACAGCCACCAGCAACGGCACAGCUCUCGAAACGGGCCCCAAGAUCAUUGUGCGCACCGAGGAGGUGCUGAUUGUGGGACUCGUACUCAUCCUCUGGGUGGGCGCCAUCAUGCUCUUCUUCAAUCGCUGGGGUAAGAUACGCAUGCUGGAGCCGUACCAGCCAAAGUUCCAGCAACAGCAUCGCAGCUCCUGUCCGCUGGUCGACAUCGAUGCCGUGCAGACGCAUCAGCGCUCGUCGGUGUCCCGCAUGUCGAUGGGCAUGGUGCACAAUCAUAAUUUGAAUAUGCCAACGUGUCAAUUUGCGGCCUAUAAUCCCAACAUAUAUGCGAAGGGCUAUGCCUCGCACGUCUCGCACGUCUCUCGGCCACGCCAGAAUUCGGUUUUCGUGGGUGCCAGCACGAGUCACUAUUUGAUGCCGAGACCCCCAAGGAAGACGCGCUCCGCCAUGGAUCUGCACUCGAUGGUGCUGGAUGAGAGUGCCGAGCAGGUGUAGAUAAAAGGAGAGAGAGAGAGAGAGAGUGUAUGUUAAGGCUUAAGUGUGCGUGUGUGUAUGUGUGUGUUACUGUGUGUGAGUGUGUACGUGUGACUGUGUGCAGGUGUGAGAGAGCACAGCUAAGGCAUAAGUAAGUCAGCGAGUAAGUCAAGUUUGAUGUCAAUAGACAGCUGAAGUUGAUAAUAAAAAGUACUAAAUGCAA